GCUCAGGGGCGUAAAUAGAAAAUGAGGACUUUCGGGGUGCGCGGAGCAUCGGGUACCCCUGAGGCUGGUUGAAGUACAGUGAUGGGGACUUGUUUUGAUGCUUGAAUGCCUAAGUGUUUUUGGAUGCUGCUGUGUCUGAGGACUCCAGCUGCUCUGAUGAUAGCCUAAGAAGACUGCAUGCCGUUCCCUCCCAGCAUCAAGCCAGGCCCACUCGGAACCUUGGAUCUCAGUCCUUCAUGGAGACCAGCUCCCAGCGGGAAAUUGGCACCCAGAUGGUUCCUCCAUGUGAGGUUGUCUCUGGCUGUGGGCUGACUGCAGGACACCUGGUGGCCAGGCCAGCCCUUUAUCAGUCACCCAGGACGGGGCAGCAUGGUGCGGAUCCAGAGGAGGAAGCUUCUGGCGUCUUGCCUGUGCAUGGCAGCCACUGUCUUUCUGAUGGUCACGCUGCAGGUAGUGGUCGAGCUUGGAAAAUUCGAAAGGAAGAAGUUUAAAAAUUCCAAUUUGCAAGACGGACGCAAAAAAGUGGAAGAGGAGCCUAAAUCUCUCAAUCCCUUUCCUGAAAAGGCAGCUACCUUGGAUGUGAAGAACAGGAUGGAUGUGGGGAGCUACCCCAUUGUGCUGUGGUGGUCCCCACUGACUGGGGAGACUGGCAGGCUCGGCCAGUGUGGGCCUGAUGCCUGCUUCUUCACCAUCAACCGGACCUUCCAGCAUCAUCCUAUGACCAAGGCCUUCCUCUUCUAUGGUACUGACUUGAACAUAGACAGCUUACCUCUGCCUCGGAAAGCCUAUCAUGACUGGGCCCUUUUCCAUGAAGAGUCCCCCAAAAACAAUUAUAAGCUCUUCCACAAGCCAGUCAUCACCUUAUUCAACCACACAGCCACGUUCAGCAGACAUUCCCACUUGCCCCUGACCACCCAGUACCUGGAAGGUGUGGAAGUCCUGAAGUCACUCAGAUACCUAGUACCUUUGCAGUCUAAAAACAACCUAAGACAAAAACUUGCUCCCCUGGUAUAUGUACAGUCAGACUGUGAUCCACCAUCAGACAGGGACAGCUAUGUUCGUGAGCUGAUGGCUUACAUUGAAGUUGAUUCGUAUGGGGAGUGUUUACAAAACAAACAUCUUCCUCAGCCGCUGAAAAAUCCAGCCUCCAUGGAUGCUGAUGGCUUCUACAGGAUCAUCGCCCAGUAUAAGUUCAUCCUUGCUUUUGAGAAUGCAGUUUGUGAUGAUUACAUCACAGAGAAGUUCUGGAGACCACUGAAACUGGGGGUCGUGCCUGUGUAUUAUGGAUCCCCCACCAUCGCAGACUGGCUCCCAAGUAACAGAAGUGCCAUUCUUGUUUCCGAAUUUUCUCACCCCAAAGAACUGGCCAGUUUCAUUAGACAACUGGACUAUGAUGACAGAUUGUAUGAGGCCUACGUAGAAUGGAAGCUGAAGGGGGAGAUCUCUAACCAGCGGCUUCUGACAGCUCUCCGGGAACGGAAGUGGGGCGUGCAAGACAUUAACCAGGACAACUACAUUGAUACAUUUGAGUGUAUGGUGUGCCGCAGGGUGUGGGAAAACAGUAGGCUACAGGAGCAGGGCUUACCACCCAAACAAUGGAAGGCCGACGUUAGCCACCUGAGUUGCCCAGAGCCUACCUUGUUCACCUUCUCAUCUCCAGCUUCUCCUCCGGCCCUGCGUGGGAGAUCGUUGAGAGAGCUGUGGCUCCCCAGCUUUCAGCAGUCUAAGAAAGAAGCCCAGGCGCUGAGGUGGCUGGUGGAUCGGAAUGGAAAUUUUUCAUCUGAAGAGUUUUGGGCCCUAGUAUUUAAAGACUAAUUUUAAAAGACACUAGAAUGACAGAAUUCGAUUAAUUUUCUUGGGUGCCUUAAUAUUUGGAGAGAACGGCUAUUCCGUUGCGCAGCCAUCAGAAUAAGAACUAGUUGCAUCAGUUCUCACAAAGAGCCCUGUCAAAUAAUAGCUGUGAAUUACUUUUAGUGGUUGCCUCUAUAUUUUUAUACUAAAAAAUGUUAAGACUUUUUAGAAUGGACAUUGGUGGCCUUCAGUUUAUGUGUUUGGACCCACCGACUCGCUGUCUCCUGUGGAACCUGACCUCAGGUCAAGUGCUUUCAUAGCUGCAGACCUAGCUUCGGAUGUGUGAUACUCACCACCCUGUCAGCACCUCAUUGGUAUUUGGCAAGCCCAGUUUCUUGAUGUUGAGAGUGAAGGAAACGCUUUAGAACUUGGCCGUGAGAGAUUCCAGCUGUUGUUCUCAGGGAUGUGAGUGAGGAAGGAAGGCUGUGUCAAGCAUCUCUGUUCUCCCAGUCCAAAGGACACACGCAUGUCUUCCUUCGUCUCCACACCUCCAAGCCACCUCGCUAGUGAAGGAGCUCUGGCUGGCCCAAGCAUAGCGGACAUGGCUCUGGCAGGCCUUGACCAUCCCUGUUCCUUCUGCUUUGCUGAACUCUUAGAUCACACCUCUAAAGCUAGCCUGCAAGGUCUGUUCCCUUAUUUGGCCACUUUCUGCCCCUGAGGAGGACCACCAAGGUCUAGCUAUCAAAGUAUUGAAGUCCAACAAUCAAAAUCCCCCUUUUAGCUGCCCUAAUUAACAUGCCCAAUCAAAAUUAAACACCUCACCCUAACAUGGGGUUUCCUCUUUUUUCUUUAUUUGCC